AACAAUCCUCAUUGAUUUGACAGCAGCAGCGGCGAGGGAAUCUUAACCGUCAACUUCCGACUCUUAACCGUUUAUUUAAGUGUUCAUUUCUCCAUUUUCACUUUCUAACUUGUAACCGACAAACUAUAAAACGUCAUGGCUGCCUACAAAUUAGUGCUGAUCCGUCACGGAGAGAGCAACUGGAACCAGGAGAAUCGGUUCUGCGGAUGGUUCGACGCGGAUCUGAGCGAGACCGGGGAGAAGGAGGCGAAGAGAGGGGGACAGGCCCUGAAAGAUGCUGACUUUGAGUUUGAUAUUUGCUACACUUCCGUGCUGAAGCGGGCCAUCAGGACUCUGUGGCUGGUCCUGGACGGCAUUGACCAGAUGUGGGUGCCAGUGCAUCGGACCUGGCGGCUCAACGAACGCCACUAUGGAGGUUUGACGGGGCUUAACAAGGCAGAGACGGCGGCCAAGCACGGAGAGGCUCAGGUCAAGAUCUGGAGACGCUCGUUUGAUAUUCCCCCUCCCUCCAUGGACCCAGACCACGACUACUACACUAUCAUCAGCAAGGAUCGUCGCUAUGCAGACUUGACUGAGGAGCAGCUUCCAUCCUGUGAGAGCCUUAAAGACACCAUUGCACGGGCUCUGCCCUACUGGAACGAAGAGAUCGCCCCUCAGAUUAAACAGGGGAAGCGGGUGCUCAUCGCUGCCCAUGGAAACAGCCUCAGGGGGAUUGUUAAGCACUUGGAGGGAAUGUCAGACGAGGCCAUCAUGGAGUUGAACCUACCAACCGGCAUCCCCAUCCUUUACGAGCUGGACAAAAACCUGAAACCUGUGAAGCCGAUGCAGUUUCUGGGAGACGAGGAGACUGUACGUAAGGCCAUGGAGGCUGUGGCUGCUCAGGGGAAAGCCAAGAAGUAAAGCAACAGGUGUUUUUUUUUUUGUUUUUUUUUUCUCCACCCAAAUUUAUUUUUGAAUUCUUAUACAGAAUAAGAAGUAUUGUAGAUUGUUGCUGAAGUGAACCUCACUUUACUACUUGUUCACUUUCGGAGAAGUAAAUUAUGAGUGGUUAGGAUUUGUUAGAGCCUGGAAAGCAACAGUUCUCAAGAGAUUGUAAAUCAUUUCUUUGCUUAUUUUGACCAUUAAUAUUAUAACUUUUAACAAAGUAACAAAUUCAAAUAAUAGUAUUGGAGACAAAGAAGGUGUUUUAUGUGUGUAUGUAAAUGUACAGAAAACUUUAUUUCCCUCACAUUCAUACAUCUACUACUGUAUGCAUGUGGACAACUCGGAGAGCAGAGGUAUAUUUUUAAAUGUGAUAAGUAGAAGAAUAAAAUUCUAUAACGUGGGGAAAAAAAAUGACUAGAAUAAAAAUACAGCAUAUAUAAUAAUAAAUGAACCAAAAGUGUGUGUGUGUGUGUGUGUGUGUGGUUGAAUGAAGCCGUUACAUUCCAGCGUGUCUAACAUGACAACUCAUUCUAAAAGAAGAUAAUUCAAAUAUUUGACUUAUAAUACCUUUACUGAUUAUAACAUGAAUCCCCUUUUAAUUGAUACAGUUUCUUUUUUAGGGGGGAGAUCAGCUGUGGCUAAACAGUUAAAAUGGCUGUUUGUUUGUUUUUUGAAACAUUCACUGAUUUUCAGAGUGUAAGGAAGUUAAAUGUUAUUUUUCAGAUGAAGAAGGGAUAUUGUAUAUUAGACUUAAAUUGAAGUUAGAUAUUUAAUUUGAAUGUUAAACAUAAAAUGGGCCGCUGCAGAGGCUGCACAACUCACUUAUUUUUACUUGUCAUAGGAUUAAAUUGAUGCAUUCCGUUAAUAAAGGGGUUGUAAUUUUGCAAUCUCUUGAGAGCAGCAUGUGUCGGUGAAGAACUACUGAUCAGUGCUUUUCUCCUAAUGUCUCUGCCUAUGACUGGUUUAGCUGCUGUGUCCUUGUAUGUUGUUGCCGUGUGUCUGUAGGACGUUCUUCCCUUUUGUGUGUUUAACCAAGUCUGUCCGGUUUGAAACUGAUGAAAUGAUUUGGAUUAUCGUGCACCCUGCACAAGAGUCACAAUUUUACGUGAUGAUAAAACCAAUGCCUCCGUCACUUUCUCUGAACUCCUUUUGCCCCUUAGUGUCAUUGUAUUCUUAGUCUUUAAGUAAACACCUACAUCUGCCCUCAUUGUGACACAAUGGUGGUGGAGAUAGGAAGGAAUAUGCGGUUAUGUCUCGUAGUAUUUUCACUUUUCUUUAUUAUGUGUAACUCUGUGUGUGUUGGUGAGUCGUGCCCAGAGCGCUCUGAUGUGUUAAAUGUACAUUUAUGUGCAAAUAAAUCAAUUCUUAUGUGUCA